GUCGUGAUGUUAUUCCAACAACAACACAACUACUCUCCUCCACCGCAACCGCACUGCCACAACUGCUCGCUAACUUCGUCUCUGUUAUCAGGCGCGCGACGCGUUGUUGUUGUGCGUGCGUGACCGAUCGCGUCCAUUUACCCCGUGUGGCCGUGUGUCCGGAGACGCGAUAUCAUCAUCAUCAUCAUACAUAUCCACCACACAGCACACACACACACACGCGUGCGCGCAUACGAGAACCUUUUUUUCGUUACGAGAGAUAUAGUAUUUAUUUUUUUGCUAAAAAUUAAGAGAACCAUGAGCAUUACCGUUGCGGUAAACGCGACCGACGGUGCGAACGUUCCGCAAGCGGCCGUUUGUCAAUCGGCGGCGCAACACAACAAUUGUGGCGAGUACAACGGUGGCGUCGGCGGCAAUGGCAUCGACAGCGGCGGAAUCGGCAUCGGCGUCGACGACGACGACACGGCCGUUUUUGACCACGAAAACAUGGAACGACGACAUGUUCAGCUUGAAAAAGAUUGUAGAGACCUUUUAAAUCAAAAAGACAAAGAAUGUUGCUAUAACUUCAGUGAUUUCAUUAUAAACAAAGAAUUAAAUGAAGAAAAUGAAGUGCAAAAAUGGGAAACAAAAUGGAAUUCUCUUAUGUCUUACAUUCGUACUGUAUAUCGAAUGGCUAUGGAUGGUGUUGAAGUUGAACGCUACCCACCCCAUAAUAUAUUUAAAGAAGCCGCUUACGAAUCUAAAAGUUGUGAUUCUUACCAUGUAUUUCAAAAUGUCGAAAACCUUGUUAUGGAAUUUGUAUUGGAAGCAAGGUCUAGGCAAGUGCAAAUACUAGAAAAAAAGAAUAAAGAAACACCAGAAAUGCCUCAAGUUUUUGUAUUUUGUUUAUUAGACAGCUAUCGAAGAUUAAUGGCUGCUACUGAUCAUUUAAUAGAUGUUAUUAAACCUAUUGAAGAAUAUCAUCUAUCAAAAUUUAAUUUAACAUGGCGAAUGAUGAAUCAAUAUUUGUUUCACAGUCGACUUUAUGCUGAUAGCACGAUAUAUCAUCUUGUAACUACAUUUGUAGAUCAAAUUGCAUCGAUACCAAUAUUGUCAAAGUCUUUAUUGAGUGCAGGUAUAAUUGAUGAUUAUACAAAAUUUGUACAGGAGGUAAAACUUAAUAUAUCAGAAUGGGCAGAAGCAAGGACAUGUAUUCAUAACAUUAAAUGCAAUGAAGUAUGGGCUAUGGGUGCAAAACAAUAUAAAGAAGAGAAUGGUUUGUUUUCUUCUUCAAUGCCAUCAAACGAUGAUUUGGUAAUAGAUCUUACCAUCCCAACACCACCUCAAUCACCAGCUCCUGAGUAUCAGGAAAGAGUAGAUAAUGAUAACUGUGAAGAUAUAGACGAUGACGGAGUUUCUAAUUAUUGUGAUUGCAUACAUACUGUGGAAACUCGGAAAAAUUCUUCUGUAGAUUUUGAUCAGUGUGUGCAGAAUGGAAUAUCUACAAAUUUACAAGAAACCGAAGACAUCAAUUCAAUUUCAUUUUCUUACUCUAAUAUGAAAGAAAAAAUGUUAUGUUUUUAUAGUGGUCAAACAUUUACUGAUGAAGAUGAAAAGUCAAUAACAGAAAAUAUAACUGCAAAUAUAACUACAAAUCUUGGAAAAAAGGUACUUAACUCAGAUGCUCAAAUCAAGUCAAAACCUGUGGUUAAUGUAAAAUGCCCAUCAACCAUUGACAGAAAUGUAACAUGUAAAGUUGAAAUAGAACAGUUACCUAAAAGACGAUAUCCAUAUCCACAUGUAAGUAAACCUACGGAACCAACUGCUAAACCAAACAAUCGUCCAGUACAUGGCCAUUCGUGUCAUAAACAUACUGAACAUGUAAAACGUAUGCAUCAUCACGAUGAAACAUCAGAAUGUAGUUCAGGCCGAUCAAGUCAAGAUGAUAGUUGUUCAGAACGUUCUUCUUCAAGUCCGAGGCAAUGUGACUGUUGUUAUUGCGAAGUUUUUGGGCAUGGAGUUCCUUCCGUUGCACCUGUUAGUCGUAAUUAUCAGGAAAUGAGGGACCGGUUAAGAAAUCUUUAUUUGUUAAAAAAAGCCAAACAAACUAAUGAAACUAUUAAACAAAAACAAAAAGAACCUAAUGUGCAUAGACCACUUCCUGUUCAUCCACCUAAACAUCUUCCUCAAUCAGUAACUGAUAAAACUGGUGCAAUUAGUGGUGUUCAACAACAAAAAAUAGAGCCUAUAGUUGUAACAAAAGUUAUUAAUGAAAAACUGAAACAUAAUAGUGAAAAUCUACCUGAAAACUUUCUAAAAGAAUUAUCUGAAAAGCCCAUUGAUGAAAUAGUCAAUUUUAUCGAAGGCAAUAAAGCAAUCAAUGAAAAACGAGCUGCAAAAAAAGCUAGACGUAGAGAGAAAAAAGAGGAAAUUGAGAGAAUAAAAAAAGAAGAAGAAGAAGCCGAACGUAAAAGAAUUGAAGAAGUACUCAAAAAACAAGAAAUUGAAAGACUGAAGCGCGAGGAAGCAUUAAAAAAAGAAAAAAAAAAAGGAAAAAAUCAAAACAAACAGCAAAAACAGAGUCAGCAACAAAAGCAAGUUACUAAUUCUAAAUCUCAUCAAAUAACCAAGCAACAAGUACAGCAAAAUACUCAAUCUACUAAAAAGAAAAUCAAGCAAUCUCAGGGAAAUAGUAAUAAAGAAACUGUAUCAAUAAAGAAAGAUGAUAAAUGUAAAAAAGAUGAUGUGGAAAGUGCAAAAAUGGUUACAAUAAAGAGAGAUUCAGAUAGUUCUAAAGUAACCAUUACUUUUAGAGGAGCAGUAGAAGAUGAUGUUUUAUGUACUUUAUAUGACAAUGAAGCUAUUAAAGCAAUUCAGAGAUUGUGUGAUAAAAGUAAACAACCUCAAAAUAUAGUAGAAGAUAAACCUAAUAAAAAGAGAAGUAGGAAUCGUAAAAAGAAACAACCUGAACCUGAACAACCUGAAACUCAACUUCAUUCAAAACCAGUAGAAAGUGUGUUGAUUACUAAUAAAAAUGCACCAAAGUUACCAACAAAUAUGAAAUGGUAUUGUUCGCCAGAUGUUAAUAUCACACCAGUGACAAGUUCUUCGAAUUCUGUUCAGCCAAAACCUAACACAGUGUUAAUAAAACGAAGUAAUAAUAAUCAAGUAUUCACACGCCCUCUACCACCACCGUCGCAGCCAAUGCCACUUACAAGUCCAACAGCUAUACAAAUAAAUGAAGCUGUUAAUAAAAUAUCUUCAUCAUCAGUUCCUAUUGAUAUUGGUAAAUUACAGUUACCACCUGGAAUUACAAUUACUAAACUUGACCCAUGUGAUUAUAAACCGCCAAGAGAUAUUCAACAAUCAACUGAAAAGUCUAAACCUGCAUCAUCCUCACAACAAUUUCCAUUUGCCUCGCCCGCUGCAAUGACACCGUUUAGUAUGCAGCAAAAUGCUCAAAACAAUGUUGUGGUUGUUAAGACUGAUGGAUAUGAUUAUGAAGGAUCAACUGAAUGGAGUGGUACAGCAAGUAAACGUCAUAGACGUCGUAAGAAAAUCAAUGAUGAUAGUUUAGAUGACACAAACUCAGAAAAUAUUCAACCAGGUUUUACAAUUACUAACAAAUCAUCAACAAGAGAACCAUGUAGUGCAGAAGGUAAGACCAUCGCUGGACAAAUACCAACUAACACACCACGAACUAUGCCGUUGCCAGUGAUUAUUCAAAGGCAUGGUGGUAUGGUUACUAUAAGAAAUCCACUGUACCAGCGCAAUGAUGAUGCCAUUCUGACAGAAAAUAAAGACUUACAAGUUAACAGUGGCGAUGGCGUCAACGCUAAUCCGUCUGGUAAGCGAAGACGUCGUCGCCGUCGGGUUAAGGGCGGCUCCAAACAAACGGAUGUUGAGGAAAGCGUGUUCGAGCCAAAAGACAUAGACCCGGAGGAUGGGGAAAUGGAUGAUGAUGAACGAGAAUUAGAAGAAUUUAAGCGGUUUUGUUUGCAGUCAGUGCCUCCACAGCGCAAAGAAAAGGUACACCUGAACAUCAAGGACAUAGUUUUGAAGAAAAAGAGUACCGCCGCGGCAGCAGCUGCUGCAGUUGGAUGUGUGUAAAAUUACAUUUUUUCAACCCUUUCAAAUACGUUGUGUUCUUUAGAUCCCUCAUUAUUUUUCAUAUUCAACUGUAAGUCUUGCAGUGUUUCAUUGUCUCUCUUUUGAAAAACCUAUUUUUCCUUUUUUUUUAUAUCUGACGUGAUUCGUAUUUUAAGUUAAAUUUACAAUUUAAGUAAUUUUUAGACCCAGACUUAACUUAUAAGUAUUUUUUUUUAUGUUACUAUGCAUGAUAUAAUUUGUGCUCUAUCAGUGAAUGUUUCAAACAAUUGAUGUAGAACCAAAACCAUUGAGCACAUUUAAAAUGAUUGUAUAAUAUUAUAAUAAAUGGUAAUUGAAUAUAUAUGUAUAUAUUA